AUGAGGGGAAGGCCGGAGGUGGCGGGGCCGGAGCUGGAGCUCGUCGGCGACGAGGGUCGAGGCUGCCGGGGACGGAGCUGGCGGCGCUCGGGGCAUCGGGGCGCCGACGAGGAGAUGGGGCGGCGCAGAGGCGACAACGGGGCGCGGGCGCACGGCGGCGGGGAAGCUGGGGCGACGGGGCGGCCGGCGGACGGGCUCCGCGGCGGAGGAGCGGCGGCGCAGGAGCUCGGGCUCGCGCAGACGUGCGCGGGCCGCGGCGGCGGCGGAUCGGGCCUGCGCGGGCCGACGACGGGCUCCGCGGGCCGGCGGCUGUGGGGGAGGCCAGGGCGCGACGUGGCCGGCGGGGAUUGGCGCGGGAGGCGGCGGAGAUGA